AUGGGAUUAUCCAUAAAACAACGAAAUCAUAAUUCUUUAAAUGAAUCUUCAGACUCAAAUAAUAUUAAAAGAGAUACCAAAUUAGAUUCUAAGAAAAAUAGUUUCAUUGUAGAGGCAGAAACAGUUAAUACAGAAUCUACAAAUAUCAUAUCAUCUACUUCUACUACAGAUAAUGUGUUAAAUAUUGUAAUAAACGGAAAUGAACAAAUUGAUCAUGUAAAUAAUAAUAAUGACAGUAAUGAUGGUGGUGAUGAUGAUGAUGAUGAUGAUGAUAAUAAUAAUAAUAAUAAUAAUAAUAAUAAUAAUAAUAAUAAUAAUAAUAAUAAUAAUAAUAGUGAUACUUCUUUGAAGAAUGACUCUAUUUUAAUAUCAAAUCUAAAUUAUAAUAAUGGACCAUCAUUAAUACCGAAGGAUGAAAACGUUAUUAAUAUAUCAAAAGGACUGUCGUCGUCUCCUUUUUCUUCUUCUUCUUCUCCUCUUGCUUUUCCUCUUCCGUCUAAUAUAAGUUCUGAUAACCAUAAUAAUAAUAAUAGCAUAGAAAUUUAUAAUAAUAACAAUGAUAAUAACAAUGAUAAUGAUAAUGAUAAUGAUAAUGAUAAUGAUAAUGAUAAUAUUGUCGGUAUACCGUCUAUUACUACAACCAUGAUAGAAAAUCUAUCUAUUUCUAAUAAUAUUAAUAACAAUAAUAAUAAUAAUACUCCUGGAGAAGUGGGUAUUUUACCUGAGAAUAUGAUAAAUACUACAAGUAAAAUGUUAGAUAAUAAUGGUUCAGAUAAUAGAGAUAAACUUAACUUUGAUAAAUCAAUUGAUCCGAGACCUGUUAGCAAAAUUAUUGAAAGGCCUAUAAUGCCGACUGCAAAUUCAAGAGAUUUAUUAUUAACAGAUAAUAAAAAGAUAAAUGAAAUCUUAGUUAAUCCAAAUGAUACAGAUCAAACUGAUAAGAAUAUCAAUAAUAACAACGAUAAUAAUAGUAAUAAUAUUAAUGAUAAUGACAAUAAUAAAGAUAUUGGAAGUGUUCUUAAUGAUCAAAACAACAGAACUGGAAAUAACAUUUAUGAUAUUAAUAAUAAUAUUGUCACUACUGCUACCAAUACUGAUACUAAUAAUAAUAAUAACAAUAGUAAUAAUAGUAAUAACAAUAGUAAUAAUAGUAAUAAUAAUAGUAAUAGUAAAAGUAGUGGAAGUAGUAGUAGCAAUAGAAGAAUCUCUAUAGAUAGGAAUAUUGUAAAUGAACCAAGAAUACCAAAAGAUAGUAAUAUUAAACUAGGUGAAAAUCAAGACUUUGAUAAAAAAGUCAACGGUGAUGAUCUAUCUAUAAUCAACACAGAUGAGACAGAUGACGAUAAUAAUAAUAAUAAUAAUAAUAAUAAUAAUCAAAAACCAAAUAAAACAGAAUUCUUUGCAGCUAGGCUAGCUUCAGCUGUAGGUGAGAAUGAAAUUAGUGAUUCUGAAGAGACAUUCGUGUAUGAAUCAGCAGCAAACUCUGUAAAGAAUUUAAUUCAUCCGAGUAACAGUAGUAUGGGCCCUCUAAGUAUGCAAAUAAAUGAUCAUAGAUCAACAUCUCAUUCUUAUGAUGUUAAGGACGGUUCGAUCAAUAAUAAAAAUCGUGGAAUAUCAACUAAGAUGAGUGUACCAUUACUUAAUACGAAUAAAAAAUUAAUUAAUAGGUUGAAAAAUAUUAGACAUACGAGUACAAGUGGGAUUCUAAAUCAUUCAACUGUGCAUGAUCCUAUGGGGUCUUCAUCAGGGAUAUCACAUUUUGCACAAGGUUAUAAAUCAAGCAAUAUGCCAAAUGUCACGUCUAGUCUUAACACAAAUAUCAAUCCUGGUAACGUUACAACCUUUCAUCCCAAUAGUACAGUAGAUUCAGCCAUAAGUAAUAAAAAGAAGAAUCAUGGUGAUAAUGAUGAUAGUAAUAUUUUCAAUAAAGCUGGUACAAACAAUAAUCCUAAAGCAGAUAACAACAUUAAUACUGCUAACAGUAUUUAUUCAUUAAAUCAAGGUUAUAUUACUACAAAUGUGGAUGAUAUCCCGAGUGUUCGGUCAGUUCAUAAUAUGGAUAAACAUAACGAUUGGCAGUCAAUGAAAUCUUUUGGUAUUGAACAAUUUCAAAGUAGAUCUCCUGAUAAAAGAUUAAGCACAGUAUCAUUAACAAGGUUACCUCCGGGAAAUAUUUCAAAUCUACCUAGUGGUUCUUUACAGAAACAAUCAAUGAUUAAAAAUAGUAAUUCUAUUAAGGCUGGGAAUGAUAGUAGCCACAAUACCCUAAUGAAAAAUCAUGAGAAUAAAAGAGUGUUGAGAACUACAGUGUCUAAGAUUUUUGAUAGUACUGGGACUCCCUUAAGACGUUAUUCUGGUGUACCUGAUAAUGUUAAUUUAGAAGAUUAUAUUGAACAGGAAGAUGACUUGAAUGGGGCUGACAGUAUGAAGUAUGAUAUGGGCAUAAAACAUCAAACUUUGAAUAAAUAUAAUAACGGCAAACAUAUGGAAUAUUAUAAUUCAAAUAAGGAAGGGAGUAAGGAGAAAGUUAGUGAUUCCAAGAGGUUGUCUUUAGAGAGCCAUAACUCAAUGAAUUGGAAUAUAUCGCCAGGGUUAUAUCACCAUUCUACCAGUGCUAUCAAAGAGGAAGAUGAAAAUGAGGGUUGUAGUAACUCUAUUAAUAAUGCUAAUAAUAAUAAUGGCACUAGUGAAUAUGUCAUAAAAAAGAAUAGUAUAAUUAAGAAUUCUGAUUUUAAUAAUAUCGGUAAUAACUUAGGCAUUGAAAAUGCUAGUCAAUUUUACAAGGAUGGUAUUCAUGUGAAUAACGUUGAUGAUGAUGCACGUUCUACAUUCUAUUAUAAUCAUAGAUCCGAUUUGGAAGCAAGACCAGAAAUUUCAGACUAUGAAGAUGAUGAUAUGGAUCCAGCUGGUGACUAUGGCUUAUGUAGUGAACCAGAAUAUUAUGAAUUACAUCCAAAUGUUAAUCAGGGUCAAAUAUUAUACUAUGGCAAAAAUAGCAACAAUAAUAAUAAAAAGAUUAAUCUUCAAGGUAAUUGCAUCAAUAGAAAUAACAGCCAUUAUGAAUAUGGCUAUCCUAACGAAUACACUCCAUUAAGAUAUUCUGCAAGAAAAAAAAUGUCAAGAAACCAAUUAAAUUUUUCGCCUCAUGAUUUCAAUACAAAGAAAUCCAGAUUGACAAGGUUUAAAAAUGGAUUGUACUAUAUUGUAUUGAUGCUGUUGCUCUUGUUUAUUGGAUUUUUGUUUGGGUUUGUCCUGGCUACAAAUAAAGAUUUGCAAGAUUUCGAUAUUGUCUUAUUGGACAACGUCAUAUCUAGUGCUGAAGAACUAAUAUUUGAUAUCACAGUUUCUUCUUUCAAUCCUGGGUUUUUCACAAUAACUGUAAAUUCCUUGGAUGUUGAUGUAUUUGCUAAAAGUAAGCUUGUUUUGAAAACAGAGGCAUUAUUUUUGGGAUCAAUUGAUGAAAUGGAGAUACCUUUAAGAUUUGCUGGUGGUUUUUUCAAUAGGCGGUAUGCUGCAUCUACAACGGCGCUAAAAGUUGUUUCACCCGGUAACUCAUCCACUAGUGACAAUAUGAAAUGGAGAAAAGUGAUUAAAAAUGAUUAUGAGUUGGUCCUUCGAGGUACAAUGAAAUAUUCUAUCCCAUUUUUUGGGAAUUCACGUUCAAUCAAUGUUCAACACUCUGCAACAGUAUCAGGACAUAAAAAUGAGGUGGAAAAUGAAUACAUUUCUACACUAAUAACAAAUAUUUUAUAA